AUGAAGAGGUCAUCUCUAGCUGCUUCAAGAUUGAAUUCAUUGGAACAGUCAAGUAAAAAACAAGCACCUGAAUUGGAUUUGAAUUCCAUAAAAACAACUCCUUCUCGUACACACAGUUUUAAUCAUGCAAGUCAUUGGAAUAUCAGCUCAUCCAUAUUAAGUACUUUGGCAGCAGCACCCAUUCAUGAACAAGAAAUCACUACAGAAAUAAAUCAGCAUGCAGUUGAAAUUAACUCAUUCGAGCCUCGUGAGUCUGUUUGUCAGCAUUUGGAACAGCAAUGUGAUCAAGCUGAUGUUCCAGUAACUACGAGCCAGGGAAAUCAUGCACCAACUGAUAAUGGUUUACAUGAUAAUCCUAAUUGCUUCAACGACAAUCAAAACAUACCAAAAAGCAAUCGGCUGUUUGGAAUACCAGAAGCACCAGUAUUCAGACCCACUGCAGAGGAAUUCACUGAUCCCAUGGCAUAUAUUGCUCAAAUACGUCCAUUGGCAGAAAAGACGGGCAUAUGCAAAAGAUUUUGGUUCAAAACUCGCAUGCAAGAGCUCAACUCUCUUGGCGGCAGCUCCCGUACAGUUCUCAAUUAUCUUGAUCAGCUACAGAAAUUUCAUCAACAGCAAGGCACUCCAUUCACGCAUAUUCCUACUCUAAACAAGAAACCUAUAGACUUGCAUCAACUAAAGUUGGAAGUUCAAAAACGAGGUGGCUAUGAACAGGUGUCUGCAUCUAAAAAAUGGAUCGAGGUUGGAACUGAAAUGGGAAUGGAUCGAACCACGUGCACUUCGCUCUCGCAUAGUAUUCGACAGGCAUAUUUAAAAUUUAUUCUUCCGUAUGAAAAGUUUGUCGAAAAGCAUCAAAAGUCGGAUCAUAGUUUGAGUUCAACUCCAAUCUCCUCCGAUACGGCUUCUGCCAGCACGUUUGGAAGUCAGAUAAGGACUAGAGCAAGCCGUCAAGAAAACAAGGACGAUAUGUUGAAAUCCGAGUUAUCAGAUUAUUCGACAGAACCAUCUACAAAACGAUCAUCUACUCGACGAAACACAGCUUCAAAUAUCAUAUCCUUUACCGACCAUUCAAUGAAUGUGGACGAUUCUGAAUCUGAUGAUGACUAUUGUGAUCCCAAUAGACGCACGAGUCGCAAAUCACGUAGGUCAAUUACAUCACAGUCCAUGCCAGGCACCACUUCCCAAGCAAAUAACUCGGCUUCUUUGAGACAAUCUAGUCGCAUAUCUACUGUCUCGUCUUUUUCUGAAUCAAAAAGUCAAACUCCGGAUGAUGACGAUCUUGAAGAUCAGGCUGAUAAUUAUACAAAAAAUAGCUCAGAAUCAGAAAAGGAAACCACAUCCAUUAGCACUACUCGAGGUCGUGCCAAGCGGCCAAUCAAAAAAACACAAUUUUAUGAUGCUGGUCCAGCCAAGGGAGCUGCCAUCAUAAAACGCGAGGCGGUUGCUUUAGAAAAAGAGCUUGCCAAAAAGGCAAGACGAAAAAAAUACGGCAAGACUUGCAAAAUUUGCUCACGUGAAGAGUUGACACAAAAAAUGCUCAAGUGCGAAGAUUGCAAAAUACAGGUUCAUCCGAAAUGUUUAAAACCUCCAUUGAAAACUAUUCCUCGAGGAGAAUGGUACUGUGCAAAAUGUAUUUUGGUAUCCGGUAACGAUUAUGGAUUUGAGGAUCGCAAAAAGCUUCGUUCACUUUCCGAGUUUCAAAAGGUUGCCGACAAAUUCAAAGCGCAGUGGUUUCAUACAUAUUGCGACGAACAGGAAGAGUUUGUUGUUUAUGAAGAUGACAUUGAAAAAGAGUUUUGGCGCUUGAUCGAGUCUCCUUAUAAUGAUAUCGAAGUGGAGUACGGUGCUGAUUUACAUUCAUCUCACCAUGGCAGCGGGUUUCCUACUGCUGAAAAGCAACCCUUGGAUCCAUACUCAAGCUGUGGAUGGAAUUUAAACAAUAUUCCUAUUUUGCCUAAAUCUCUAUUCUGUCAUAUUCGCAACGACAUUUCCGGUAUGAUGAUCCCGUGGCUUUAUGUGGGCAUGGUGUUUUCUACCUUUUGUUGGCACACAGAAGAUCAUUUUUCAUAUUCUAUCAACUAUCUUCAUUGGGGCGAAACAAAAACGUGGUACGGUGUGCCAUCAUCCAAUGCACAGAAAUUUGAACAUGUGAUGCGAGAUACUUUUCCAGAGCUAUUCAAGCAAAACCCAGAUCUUUUGUUCCAUAUCACAACAAUGCUUUCUCCCAAAAAGCUAGUUGACAAUGGAGUUGAAGUGUUUGCACUGGAUCAUCAUCCAGGCGAGUUUGUGAUUACAUUUCCUAGAUCGUAUCAUGCUGGCUUCAAUCAUGGCUUUAAUUUUGCCGAAGCAGUGAAUUUUACUUUACCGGACUGGAUUCCAUUUGCUGCUCAAUGUGAGCAUGAAUAUCAUUUAUAUGCCAAACAGCCUGUAUUUUCGUUGGAUGAGUUGCUGAUUUCUACAGCCCGGACUAAAAUGACAGAAGACUGUGCAAUAUCUUUACGCGACUCGUUUGCUCAAAUGCGGCAGAGAGAAAUUGAUGGACGACACAGUGUGAUAUUCAACUGCAAAAUUCAGAUUGUUAAAGAAAAAAUAGGCGAUCAUGCCUCGGAUGAUGACCAAUGUAGAACGUGUAAGCGGUACUGCUACCUUUCAAGAGUAUCCUGUGAACGAUGUCCAGGCCAUGUGUCUUGUUUUGCGCACGUGUCAAAGCUCUGUGAAUGCGAAAAACCUGCUUUAGUCUUGCAAAUGCGGUAUACGGAAGAAGAACUAGCAAGACUGGAAGCUCGUGUUUGUGCAGUUGCUGAAAAAACGCCUUCAUGGAGAAAUCGACUAAAGAGUAUGCUAUUGGAAGCCACAUCUCCACCACCGUUAAAGUCUUUUGUCAAGCUACUUAAAGAGGCUCAACAUAUGCCUGAAGUACAGGCCGAGGUUGCCACUCUUACUCAAUUUAUUGAUCAAGCAAAUGCAUGGGUUAAUUCCGUUAAACAAGUUGUCCACAAACCUAAACGACACUCUGUCAAGUCUAAUUUCUUGCUCCAGCAUACUACAAAAUCAGAUCGACCCACUCUGAGCCAUAUCAAGUGUUUGUUUGAAUCGUCCAAAACGCUUGCAUUUGAUUCUGCCGAGUUGAAGUUACUGCAGAUUUUGUAUAUCAAAGUCACCGAGUACUGUAACAUGGCUCAAAAAGUGCUAGAUGAGCUUCCGAACGUGUCGGAUGAUACUUUGGAGGCAACGUACAACUCUGGCCAAGCAACAGGUGUAGCUACACUACAACAGUCUGCUAUUCACUUGGUGAUGAAGCAGCGAUCAUGGCAGACCCGAUGCUCAUGCACUAUCCAUUCAUCCAAGGGCGUGACAUUGGAGAAUGUGCAAAAGUUGUUCAAGGAAGGUAUCGACUUGAGCAUUCCUCCCACUGACUCUAUUUUGUCCAUGUGUCGCGACCAAAUCAAAACAGGCGAAGCCUGGGUUGUAAGGGCUACACAGCUGCUCAACGACAAAACAAUCACUUUGGAUAUACUCGAUCAAUUUUUGUUGGACUCGAAAAAUGAGAGAUUUAGUUCAACUGUGUAUGAUAAACUACAAAGUGUUUCCGAGUCUGCUCAUGCAUGGGUCAGUCGUGCACAGCCUUAUAUCGAUGCAAUUCAACAGAAACGUAACAGUCAUACAUCUGUGCCAACACAUCAGGCCAAUAUGGAUGAACUACAGGCGCUGGUGGCCGAUGGUAAUCUGCAAUCCUUUCCACCACCCCAUUUUUCAUUAGUUACUGAAGCAGUUGCACAGGCCAAUCAAUGGACAAUACGAGCACGUAGAGCAUUUGUUGGUAAAUCGCAUCAAAUUACCGACUCAUUAAUUGAGCUCAUUACUGAAGCCAUCGAGUCCUCUCCACCUGUAUUGAAUAGCGAAAGCGAUCCCUUGUGUUACUGCAUUUGCCGUAAACCUGACGAACGUGGAUUUAUGAUUGAAUGUGAUCGCUGCAACACAUGGUAUCAUGGUCAAUGUAUCAAAACUUUUAAAAAAGAAAUACAGAAUGGCAUUCACUUUGCAUGUAUUGUUUGUGAUUCAGAUUUUACCAUCCAGAGGGCCAAUCGACGACCGCCUUUGGAACUGCUGCUUGCUGUUAAUGCAGAAGCCAAGAAUCUUGAACUUGUACCAGUUGAAGCUGGACUGCUGAAAACAUUGGUAGACAUGUAUACUGCCUGGAGAGUACGCGUAGAUGCUGCAUUAACCUCUCAUCCCAUUGAUCACGAUCUUGUACGAAAAUUUCUGCGGUGUGCAGAAGGUUCUACCAUUGGAGAUUCGGUUUACAUUGCACGCAUGAGACAAGUAUUAUUUGGAAUCGAUAUACCGGAAAAGUAUGCUGCAAUCGUACAAGCCAUCACAAAUGCCACGAGAUUGUACUGUUUGUGUCGAAGACCGAAUGGAAACGAAUUGCCCAUGAUUGGAUGCGAUACGUGUGACGAAUGGUUUCAUUUUGAAUGCGUUGGAUUGUCAGUGCUAGAAGCUGAAGCGAUCAGUAAAUACAUGUGUCCCAACUGCCGUACUAGGCAACCGUUGAAAGCAACUCUACAGAAUAAGAAACGACCACGCAAGUCAACGGAUACGUUUUCUGCAAAAAAAAGGCUUUCUGUCGUGACGGCGUUGGUAGAUAAAGUGUCUUCUCCCAGCCCUGUUGCUACCAACGGACCCAAAAAGAUUACGCUAAGGUUUAGUGGAUUACAGAUUGCAGCUGCCAAUGCUGCUAGUCACUUGGCGUCUGCGCUCUUGCCAUCAUCAUCUAGCUCUGUUAAUUUAGCCACUUCUACAAAUGCACAUCCAUCAUAUAGCAAUACGGUCGGUAGUUCAACUCCAGCACAUACAAAUGCUUUACCCAUUCGAUUGAAGUUGUCUGAUGCAUCACAGUCUGAUGCUCGGUCUAGCCCUGCAUUAGUUUCUAUACCCACUGAUGCUUUAGUUUCUGAAAUUGCACCAGAAACAAAACCUGUAGUUUCGUAUCCUUCCGUUAUAUCUGCUGAAUCAGCUUCUACUAAUCAUGCCACAAUCUGUGCCAAUUCUGCUAAACCUGCGAUCAAUACUAGCGCAGCUUCACUAUUUCCCGCUGAUAAUUCUUUUAUAGACAUUGCUUCUUCUGACCCCAAGAUAGAUUCAGCAGUGAAAAUGCCGCUUGUUGAUGAGCCAAUCGCUCAAGAGUCGUCUGCAUUGAUAGUAGCCACAAAAACACCUAUUGUAAAGCCCAAAUCUUCUCGAGUACGUGUUCCUGGAGUCAAACGAGCAGAUCAGAUCAAAGCCGCUGAGUUGGAAUCACUGCAGAAAACACUGGGUUCUGUUCCGCCGACACCAAGACCAACUCCUCCUUCGGUGACUUCAUUAUCUGAACUCCUGCCUCACACACCAGCAUUUUUGCCACAUUCAGACACGGCAUUAUCUUCCAACUUGGGUUCAAGCACACGGAACAGCCUGACAGUAUCUGGUAUUGAUUCAGAAAUGGGUCUAGGAUUGCUCCCAGAUACUCCAGAUCUAAUACUACCACAACCUGAGCCAAAUUUGUCAAUCCUAUUGUAUCAAAAUGUUGACCACAACGAUGCGGUUAUCCAGCAUGCACAGCCUAUACAAGAUAUUUCUGAAAUGCCUAUACAAAAGCCGUCCCAAGAAUCGUAUGAUAAGAUGACCAAUGCAAAGAAUCGACCACAAACCUAUAAAAUCAAUCAUGGCAAUGAACCAUCAAACCAACACCACACGACAUAUAAUCCACAGCUUGUGAAUAUGUCAUCUUAUCUUUCACAAAGCGACGUGUCUUCAUUUACAUAUCACCAGCCCGUCAUGAUAUCACCCUACAUUCAACCCGUAGCGCAUGUGUACCCACCAGUGAGCUAUACACCAUCAACAUUGAAUGGAAAUUCAUCAUUUGUAUACGAUGCACUGCAAGUGCAGCAUCCAAAGCAAUAA